GCGUUCCUUCCGUGAAGUCCCAAAGUAAAAUUCAAAUUGGCGGCAUUUUCGGCUGCUGGGUUGCAGGUCCACUGAGUUGUCGCGAUGGAUUAUGGGAAGGAGAGGAUCGUCGCCCUCGUGGACAUGGACUGCUUCUACGUCCAGGUGGAGCAGAGGAUGAACCCUGAUCUGAAGAACAAGCCCUGCGUGGUGGCGCAGUACAAGAUGUGGAAGGGCGGCGGUAUCAUAGCGGUGAGCUACGAGGCCAGAGCCCACGGCGUCACCAAGAACAUGUGGGUCGAUGAUGCUAAGAAGCUGUGCCCUGGGCUCCAGGUGGCACGAGUGCGCGAGUCCCGCGGCAAGGCCAACCUCACGCGAUACCGGGAGGCCAGCGUGGAAGUGAUCGAGGUGAUGUCCCGCUACGCUGUGAUCGAGAGGGCCAGCGUCGACGAGGCGUACGUGGACCUCACGGCCACCGUGCAGCAGAGGCUCAAGGACAUGGCGGACCGGCGGAUAGAGGCAGAUUUGCUAAAGACCACCUACGUCCAAGGCUUUCCUCAGUCCGCAGGGGGUCGGCGGGACGGGUCUGAUAAAGAGGAGUGGCGGGCUCUUGGCGUUCGGGAAUGGCUCGCCUCCCUGACUGGCGCCGCUGGUAGCGAGAGCCCAGAGCUCUGCCUGGCUAUCGGCGCCCUCAUCGUGGAGGAGAUGAGAGCUGGCGUGGAGAAGGAAACGGGCCUCCGCUGCUCUGCUGGGAUAUCGCACAACAAGGCUCUAGCCAAGCUCGCCUGCGGCUUGAACAAGCCGAACCGACAGACCAUCCUGCCCCUGGGGUCCGUGCCCGAGCUCUUCAGCUAUCUGCCCAUCAGUAAGAUCCGGAACCUCGGCGGGAAGCUGGGCACCUCCAUCGUGGAGAGUCUGGAGGUGGAGAACAUUGGCGAGAUCACGCAGUUCACCCAAGUUCAGCUGGUCCAGCGUUUCGGGGAGAAAACAGGACUGUGGCUCUUCGAUUUGUGUCGCGGCAUCGACUUUGAACCCGUGAAGCCCAGGCAGCUGCCAAAGUCCAUCAGCUGCAGCAAGAACUUCCCCGGGAAGAUGGCACUCUCCACGAAAGACCAGGUGCAGAACUGGCUUCACCAGCUGGCCCUCGAGCUCGAGGAGAGAUUGAUCAAAGAGAGGGAGAUGAAUGGCAGAGUGGCCAAGCUGCUCACGGUGGGGGUGCGGCAGGCGGGCGAUCACAGGGCCUCCAGCUUUUCCCGCUGCUGUGCUCUGGCCCGGUACGAGGCUACCAAGAUGGCUGGUGACGCAUUUGCCAUCAUCAAGAGUCUCAACACCGCAGGAAACCACCAGGCCGCAUGGUCACCCCCUCUCACCCUGCUCCACCUGUCUGCCAACAAGUUCAGUGAGGCUCUGGGCUCUUCCGUUGGGUGCAUAGCCAACUUCCUGAGCAGCGAGGCGAGAGGAGACGCCACGCGGAAAGGGCCCGGGUGCGAAGCGAGAGGAGUCGCCUCGCCCAAGAGAGCGCCCUCCAUCCAGUCCUUGUUCCAGAGAGCCGCCGAGAAGCAGGAGAGCCGUGAGCCACAGGCGCAGACGUCCCCCUGGAAAGCAGCCCUGGCGCUCACGCCCAGAAAAAAGCACCCAGAAUGCACAGGGUCUCCGGUGAGAGGCCCAGCGGAGCGCAGGGACGGCAUCGCCUCCUUCUUUCAGAGGAGGAGCCUGAAGUUCGCUGAGGAAGAGCAAGGAUGUGAAGAGGAGGCUUCUCCUGCGAGCACCAUGCCUUCUGGAGGGGUCCACGGCCCGGCGGGCAGGAGCGGAGGGACCGGGGAACCCCGGCAAGACACGGGUGUCUGGCUGCGGGAGGAGGAGCUCAGAGCGUCGGAAGCGCGACCGCGUCUCCCUGAUCCCGCCGUGGAUACGGUGCGGUGCGAGCGCUGCGGAGAGCGCAUCCCGGUCUGGGACAUGCCUGAGCACACAGACUACCACUUCGCCCUUGACCUGCAGAGCUCCUUCUCGUCCAGCGUCUCUCCGAGCACGGGCCCCACGGCGGCGGCUCCUCCGCUCGCGUCCAGCCCUGCGACCCCAACGUCCCCUCGUGGCAAAAUGAAGCUCAAGAGCCCGUCGGGACCUCAGGCAAAGAGGGUGAAGUCGCAGGGCACAAACUCCACACUGGACGCCUUUUUCAAGAGAAUGUGAGAAGGUAGAAAUUUGAGAAUUUGAGGCAGCGGUGCCUUCCUGCCACGUGAGUAGAUCUGCAAUUGUAUGAAGUCCGAAAGUGUCUUUUUAAAUACCGACCCGCACGCGCCCUUGGCUGCCACUAGGGGGCAGGAUACAACACACAGCUUGGACAGUAGAAUUUUUAUUUUUUAACUACGCUGACAGUUUUACAGGCGGAAACUUCCGCUCUAAAGCCAGUGCUGAUUGUUGUCUGUCGUGAACUUACCUUUUUAUGGAUAGAUUGGAUGAACAAAAAUAAUAAAGCAGAGCUAUUUAUGCAACUGUUUUUAGGAGGAAUGGAGUAUAAAGAAGAAAUACAGUAAGUUUUAGUCUAAACAUACCAGCAGUUUUGAACUGUUGCCUUCACUCAGGGAACGGAUGGACGUUCUUUGUACAGUGCGAGAAGGACAGGACCAUCUGAAUUUAUUGGAACUGUUGCUGAUAUGAACAUUAAACUUCUCUAUGUUGCCUGUACAAAAAAUGUUUGUUUAUUCAUCUCGCUGUUUAACCAUGUGUCGCACAAGGCAGUGAAACAGUGAUGGCCCUCCAGUGUAUCAAACAGAAACACACCACGGUAUCUACAGCACCAGGCAAUCAGUAAGGUCAUGAGUGCAAAGCUGCUUCCUGUUUGGUACAGCAACGGGGGAGAUGCAGCCCAGGAGGGACCUGGGUAAGUUGCAUUUUACCAUGGUGUCUUUGUCUAAACCACACCCUUUCUAAGGGUCUUUCAUCAGUUUUUCCUCACAAUCUGGCCAGGAAGGGGUCUUUUAUUUCACCAGAGUUCACUAUGUUCUACCUGGCUCCUCUCAGGUUCCCUCUACCUCAUGGCAGCUACAAACCUCUGGUCCUCCUCACUGCAUCUGCUGUCUUUGCAUUCAAAAACAGAGUCGGUAGGAAUCAGUCCAUAAUAAAGAUUUAAUAUAUAACAUAAUAUACAAACUUGAAUUGUACAUAAACCUUAUUUCACUCAAGGAUUAAAAUAUUACAAUGUCUCUGAAGGACACCUGCACUGGGGGUGAGUAAAAAUGAUGUGUUGCAGUGCAGGCCUGUGCAGCAAGUGCUGGAGUUGUAGAGGAGAGAAGACAAAGUUACAAAAAAAAAAAAAAAAAA